ACCCGGCUGGCAACACGCACCACUAUGCCAAGCGAUGUCUCGUACUUCUUCGGGGGUCCACUGGCCAUCAACAUGUUCAUCGCGGGAGGGGCGCUGAACCUCAUGAUCUUCCGCUCCAUGGGUUUCCCACUCGAAAAGGUAUUUGGCAUCCACGCGGACGAAGUUCCAUCCCCGCGCGGGUUGAUCACGUUCUCCGCGUUUCUCACGACGUUACUUGGAGCUUUGUACUACGUCUUCAAGCUGCACUCGAUCGCAUUGAUCGGACGGUGCCAUGAGCUCGUGCUCGUCGUGUACUGCGUUGUCGUGCUGGCGCUGUUGACGCUGCCCUGCAACGUCCUGCAUGUCAAAUUUCGCCGCUUUCUCGGCCGCACGCUUCGCCGCUGCCUCUUUCCCUUCACGUGGGUGAGCAGUGGCGGCAUUGUGUUUGCCCAGACCGAAACCCCCUUCGUCGAAGUUUACAUUGCCGAUGGCUUGACCUCCAUGUCCAAGAUCUUUGGCGACGUCGCCGUGGCCAUCCUCAUGAUGCGACAAUCCGUCGUCGGCGUUCGAGACGACAUGUACACGAGCAAGAUGAAGCACCAUUUGCUCCCAUAUCUGGCCACAGCCAGUCCGUACAUGAUCCGCGGGGUGCAGUGCCUGAUUUCGUACCACCGCGCGGCGCUCGUGAACGACAAGUUUCUGCAUGUGCUCAACACGUUCAAGUACGGCACGGGGCUGUGUGUGAUCUUGGUGGGGGCGUUGCCGGUGUUGUUAUCUCCUUCUUCCAUGUCGGACCAGCGCCUUCUCGAUACAGAAACACUGUUCCUCUUGUGUGCGUGCUGUAAUUCGCUCUACUCGUUAUUCUGGGACGUCGUGAUGGACUGGGGGCUGGGCCAGCCGCCAAUUCCUGCGACAGGGGGUACUACUGACAAACCCAGCGCCCACAACUGUGACACGGACCACGAUCUCAAGCAGUCGUCCAAGGCAGCUACAUCAUCGUCGCCACCGCUUUGGAAUGCCACACAACCCAACCUCCACGCCUACCUCCGCCAUACGCUUCUGUACCAGCCCAAGGCCGUGUACUUUGCGGCGCUCGCCAUCGAUGCCCUUCUGCGGGUCCUCUGGGUCACGUCCAACUGGCACUGGGUAGACGUGGUCGGCGCCGACUUCAAGAUGGUGGCGCAGGUAGCCGAAGUGUGCCGCCGAUGCAUGUGGAAUUUCUUCCGCGUCGAGUGGCAGUGCGUGAAGCUGGGGUGGCUUCCGCCCCCGGUCACUCGGUCAACAUAUUACGUGCUGAAGGGAGACGAAGAUGGUGACGAGUCGCUGCUGGCGCUGUCGGCUUCGGUGCCCACGAGCCCGACCUCCCCCCCUGUGCCCCACCUGAUCAUGUCCAAUGACAAGCACUCUGUAACGACUUUGCAUCAUCAUGUCAAGCAAGGAGGAGUUGACAAGCACGUGUAAGAUUACGGUUUAGUAGUAUACUUCGAAGUAAUAUUUAUUGGUGGUGCACCGGUUUUGGUCGAUACGUAGAUAUUAAUACCAUAUUAUUAAUAACAGCUAGUACAAC